UUUUGUGAAGGCGUAGUUCUAUUGUUGUUUUCCUUUUUUCUACAUUAAAUUUAAUAUAAAAUGCUGAAACCCAAAGCCCUGACUCAGGUCCUUAGCCAGGCAAACACUGGCGGAGUGGAGAACACCCUUUUGCUCAGCCAGGAGGGCGCUCUUUUGGCGUACUCAGGAUACGGCGAUAAAGAUGCCCGGAUUACGGCGGCCAUAGCCAGUAACAUUUGGGCAGCCUACGAGAAGCACGGCCGGAAUGCCUUCCGUGAAGAUCGCCUGACCUUUGUGCUGAUCGAUUGCGAGAACGGUCAUGUGGCCAUCACACAGGUUGCCAGUGUGCUCCUAUGUCUCUACGCCAAACAAACUGUGGGAUUGGGUCUGCUGAAGCAAAAGACCAUGUCGCUGGCCUCCUAUUUGGAGCGACCGCUCAAGCAGAUCUCGGCACUGUCAAGCUAAAUACACUUAUAAGUUCAACAAUUGUCAUUAAAUAUAAUAAGUAAAUCAAAAUUCCUUUUCAAAAAGUAAA